AUGAAAAUUACAAUCGUUGAUUUCUUGUCUGACGACGUUUUGUCGGGCGUCGUUUCGGACAACAUCGUGUACAGGCCUGAUAUGAAGCUACGCAGUCCAUCGGUUGUCCUUGGUGUCCUGCAAAGAUCUUCCUCUGAUGCUCUCAUAUCCAGCACGGAAUUCAAUCGAAAUCAUUUCUCACAGUGGAGGUCGGGACUGACCAAGUACAUGGUCCAUGUCCGCGUUUCUUCGGACCCCAGUCAGCCACAGACCUUUACCGAAAGCCUUGGGGAUGGGUUUAUUGUCGCAUCUAUUACUGCCUCGAAUCAGCUCAAGGCCUAUGUUUCCGCCCUUGAGGUUUUGGAGCGAUUGUCAGUAGAUCAACUCGCUCUAAACACUGGGUUUUACCGCCCAUUGGGGCUGGCACUCCAGCGUGAAGUGCUUGUGGUCGGCGCCGGCAUGGUCAACCUUGUUACAGCUUACUGGCUCACUGAGCAGGGCUGGAAAGUUCGUGUUGUGGACGCUGCUCCUGAUCCGUCGUCUCAAGCUCCGUGGAUGUCUUUCGGGUGCAGUCAUGGCGGCGACGCUGCACGAAUGUUUACGCUGUCAGAGAUGGAUAACUACAACGACCGCACACUCUCUACUACGAUGAAUGGCUGGUUUAACAGCGAUGUCGCUUCCCUGGGCUGGAGAGCUUGCAAGCUGGAUUCACUGACGCCAGAGGAGCAGUCCUGGAUAUCGGACUACGAAGUUGUACCUCCGUGGCUUGCCAAUCGCUACAACGAGGAUAUCUUCUCGCUAAGCCGGGAUAGCAGGGUGAGCUGGGAACAGUGGCAAGAACGCGAACCCGACUUAUUCUCCGCUUGCGAGACGCGCCGAGACAUUCUGCGGCUAUACUCUGAUCCUCAGCACCUACGCGAAGCCAUUGAGCGCCAAAACCGUAUUGGCGCCACGAUACGGGUACUUUCGCCUCAGGAGAUCUGCACUUACGAGCCAGCUCUGAGCGAUGCCGUUCUUUCCGGAGCCAUUGCUGGAGGCAUCAUUGUCCUUGGGUUCACCGUCAACGCCCACAAAUUCAUGCUUCAGCUGAUAGGCCGCAUGGUGGCGCAAGGUGUGACUUUUGAGUGGGACACCCGCUUUGAUCGUAUAUUGUUUGACCAGAGUGGAAAUGUUGAAGGUUUGGUCUGUGCGGAUCAAGUCGUCCAGGCGGAGAACUAUGUCAUUUCUCCUGGCGCGUACGGCCGCAACCUUCUCGAGGGCACACGAUGCGAGGCACGGAUUCAUGGUGUCCUGGGCGCUUGGCUGCGGCUCCCAAACCUUGAACCUCAACUUGAGCAUUCCUUGAAGCUUGCCAGGAAGGGACAUGUGACAGAAGACGCCAACGUGACGGUCACAACCGAUCUCAACGGCGCGCCGAUCUUGAUCCUCGGUUCUGGAUACGGUUACACAGGCGUCGAUCCUUUCAAUGUGGACGAAGUUCUACUGCAGAAGAUCUACGAUGGCUUGAUUGAUACGGCCCAAAAAUUCUUCCCGCGGUCGUAUGAAGCAAGCGACGCCACUGGGACCCUGGCAGCCAGCCUCAAGUAUUGCGUGCGCCCCUGGACAUCGAACGGUCUAGGUUUGUUCGAGAUGCGGUCUACCGCUAUUGGGGGCAGAUUCAUCAUCACAGGAGGACAUAAUACUGGUGGCUUUGCCCAGUCACCGGUUAUUGCAGAUGCUGUUGUUGCCGGUCUGGAGGGAAAGACCCACAAUAUGCACAAGUACUACCAUCCCGACCGAGCGAUGAAUUUCCUUGACCGUAGCCAUACAUUGGCAACAGAGUUUGACAGCAAUAUGGCUUCGUUGCCGCUUACACCUGGUACUACUCCAUAG